GGCGGAAACUUAUUUGUACACCUAAUAAAAUACUACUGUGUCGAUCGAUCGCGAAUAAUAGAAGCUGUUUCGUAACGACAGUCUUCUCGCCGCGUUUCCGAUUGCGAUUCUCGUGUAGUGUACCGUUUUGGCGAUGAACGUAGGUGACUGAUGAUCAGCAUCUUUGAUGUUUAUAAACGAUGCGAGCCCUCAGCGAACGAGAUAGAAUAGCAUUAUUUCCUUCUGAAAAGAUCAAGUGUAAUAGCGUUUUCUAAGAAAAGUACGUCAGAUAUCUAACAAUCGAGAAUUUCUUACGAUGGGAAUUCUUAAAAAUACGAUUCCCAAGCCAGGCGCGAUUGAAGAUGCUACGAGAUUCUUAUGGAAACGACUCGUAAUUCAAUUCGGCGUAAUUUAUUGCGUGCACGCGUACAACGUUUAUCCGCAUUCUAUCCGACUAAUAGCAAGCUCGCGGAUAAAAGUGUCGAUUGCGCGAUAGCUGAUAUCUUCGCCGACAAACGCGACAGCUAUAAUUCUCGUUAUCAAGCGAAGAUGUUGCACUGGAUAAUGCAAAAAUCUGCGUUUCUCUACAAGCCUUACGCGUUGGCUCUAAUGUCAGUCGGCUAUAUCGUAGCAGAAUUGGGCCAUUUUCUGAUAGGUGUGACGAGCAAAGCGGUCGCCGAGAACUUGCACUACGGUGACAUAUCCUGCCAAUUUAAUUCGACGACGCUGACGGUGGCCGAACUUCCGGUGCCAUGCGAAAGCGCGAAAAAUUCUACCUACUGCCAAUCCCUGGAAUUGAACGGGUCCUAUUACUGCGAGUGGAAUUACAAUGGCCUCGGUCUGGACUAUCAAAUCUUGGCGGGGCCGAGCUUCAUCGCGGUCUACACGAUCGUCGGUAUUAUCCUGGGAGUCGCGGCUGACAAAUACAACAGAGUGAAACUGCUGACCGUCUGCACUGUAAUAUUCAGCGUUGCAAUCAUCUUAAGCGGUGCUGUGUUUGAAUACUGGCAGCUCGUUAUUCUACGAAUGCUUCUGGCGGCGGGAGAGGCGGGAUGCAAUCCGUUGGCGACUGGUCUUCUGUCAGACUGGUUCUCGGAAGAACGACGGGGCCUCGUCAUGUCCAUUUUCAAUUGGGGCAUUUAUGGCGGUUACGGCAUCGCCUUUCCGGUCGGUCGGUACAUACCUAGUCUGAACGUCUGGGAUCUGGGCUGGAGAAUCUGUUAUUAUGAAGCCGGAGUGCUCGGCUUAAUCAUCGCCGCCCUCACCGGUCUGUCGUUAACAGAACCGAAAAGGAAGACGAUCGGAGAGGAAUCGACUAACGACGGAGAGCGACUAUCGGUUUGGAAAGUACUACUGCAACCGCGCAUUGUUCUUUUAUGCCUCGCCGCCAGCAUCAGACAUAGCGGCGGUUUGUGUUUCGCUUACAAUUGUGAUCUAUACUACAGAGACUACUUUCCGGACUACGAUCUCGGCUGGUGGCUUUUCGCCGUCACAAUUGUCAUCGGUAGUCUGGGCGUUGUGGUUGGUGGAUUAAUUAGCGACAAGAUCGUAGCAAAAAUGGGAAUUCGUUCGCGUGUAGCGUGUCUGGCGAUCAGCCAGCUAAUCGCAACGCCGUUCGCAUUUGGUUCGGUGUAUUUCAAUCCUCUUUGGGCAAUGAUAACACUAGGAAUCUCUUAUUUCUUCGCUGAAAUGUGGUUCGGAAUAGUGUUCGCUGUUGUGGUGGAGAUUGUUCCUCUGAAACUGCGAUCAACAACCGUUGGCGUUUUCCUGUUUGUCAUGAAUAACAUUGGCGGAAACUUACCAAUUCUUGUCGAGCCUACCAGAAUAGCCAUCGGUUUCCGGGAAUCGUUGUAUAUUUUUUACGCUGGCUGCUACGGCAUCAGUUCCAUUAUGUUCUUCUUCACCAUGUUCCUAAUGGACGGUCCCGCGGAGGUGGAGAGAAAAGUGGACAAGGAGGCUCCGCCAGCGUACGACAAUAGCACAUUUACUAACGACGAUGGCCAAUUGCCAACGUUGGAACUGCCAUCGUUUCCGGCGCGACCGCCGAUCUACGAACAUUCUCGGCUAUGAGCAGGAAAAGGCUCUUGCUCCAAAGAAUGUAAUGUAAAUAGUGUUUCAGUUAUAUUGGACUAGGCAUGAGUCAGGUAGCUGAAGAUUGACGACAUUAACGUCGAGAUUUUACAAGGAGUGUUUCACACUGUUGACAGUUGAUAUAAUCUACAUUUUUUUAAUUAAGUGGAAAAAUAUCAGAUACUUUGUUUGUAAUAUUUUUUUGCGUCUUUCAUCGGUCAAAUGUUGAUGGGUUAAAGUUCCUCACACGUCAAGCCGAGACUUACGAAAUUAUGCAAAAGCGCGAUGUACAAAGCAGCAACUACGAUAAUUAAGAAUUUUGUUUUGUUUGAACGCGUCAUGUUGCAAAACAUUCAUGAGCGCAUGGUGGAUUACAUAAUGCUCUUGAUAAAGAAGUUUACAAAAAGGUUGAUAAACUCCGACUAUCUUCAAGAUACGUUCUGUGUUCUUAAAAUAGAAGUUUGUGUGUAAUGAAGUGAGUAUCUGCAGGUGUAAUUUUUGUAAAAAAAAAAAUAAAAAUGAAAACUUUAAUAUAA